UCCUCAGUCACCUCCUCCGGCACUGCCCAGGCCCAGCAGCCUGAACCCCUCUUGCUGUACUGGAAUCAUGCCCCUAGGUCUCCUGUGGCUGGGCCUCUCCCUGCUGGGGGCCCUGCAGGCCGAGGCCCAGGAUGACGCCUCGACCCCAAACAGGAUCCCAGCCCCACCUCUGCUCAGGGUCCCUCUGCAGCCCGACUUCCAGGAUGACCAGUUCCAGGGGAAGUGGUAUGUCCUGGGCGUGGCGGGGAACAACUUUCAUAAAGAGAAGCAUAAGCAGUUCAAGAUGUACACCACCAUCUACAAGCUGAAAGAAGACCACAGCUACAACGUGACCUCCAUCCUGCUCGGGGACCAGGGCUGCGAUUACUGGAUCAGAACUUUUGUCCCAAGUUUUCAGCCUGGCCAGUUCAACCUGGGGAACAUAAAACGGUACCCUGGCCUCCGGAGCUACACCGUGCGAGUGGCAGCCACCGACUACACGCAGUUCGCCAUGGUGUUCUUCAAGAAGGAAGUCAGGAAGGAGGAACACUUCAAGGCCACCCUCUAUGGGAGGACCAAGGAGCUGACCCCUGAACUGAAGGAGAAAUUCAUCCGCUUUGCCAAGUCCCUGGGCCUCACUGAUGACUACAUCAUCUUCCCUGUCCCCAUUGACCAAUGUAUCGAUGACCAGUGAGCGUGCGUCAGCACCCCCUGUCUCCCUCAGCCCAUCGCCGGCAGCCUCUGCCUCAGGUGCGGCCCAGCUGCCCCCCAGCAGCCCAAAGCCAGCAAGAGCACCGAGAGGCCUUUCCCACUAACUGCUCCUGGCCAUCCUGGUUUGCCUGCUGAAUAAACACGAGUCCCCCAA